GCAGCUGAAGUGAGCAGUAUUUGCUUGUGUGCUGUGCAGAUGGAGGCUUCACACAGAGCACAGCAGGAGGUGAAUAAUGCUAAAAAGGAAAUUGAGCAGCUGAAAGAAGAAGAAGAAAAAGAAGAUGAUGCAGAUGAUUCGGGAGCUCAACCUUUCUUUGUGAAGGGCAUCUUUAAGCUCACAGUGCACAACCACAACCAGAAUCUAGCCGCCGAGACGCUAAAUGAUAUCACCAACAAGCCUGCAGUGGUUUGCGGAAAGCAGUGCCAGAUAAAGCCAGAUUCCAGCACACAUUUUGGAGAGAAGAUUGAAGUGAUCAAGGUGUAUCUUGAACGAGGCAGACAAGAGCAGGACAAAGAACAACCGAGUGUCACAAUGCUGACUGAUGAGGUUUCACAAAUACAGGAGGUGAGAUACUGCCUGAAGACUCUGAGGGAACAGAUGGCGGCCCGACAACAUAAUAGCAAUAACAAGAGUCCGGCGAAUGGGAUCCGAGUGAAUAUACCCACCAACAAAUCCCCCGUCUCCAACGCCAGUGUGGAUGCUUUAGUCCCUGAGAGCCAGGAGGAGGAGUGUGUGAGGUUGAGAGAGAUGACCAAACACCUGUAUGCGCAGCUACAGGAGGUAGAAAAGAGACACCAGGAAGAAAAAGAGGCAUUAAAGGCAGAGAAUAGAGAGUACUUGCGGCAUCUGGAGGAGCAAAACGAGCAUCUGCAGCAGGCCCAGAAGCAGGCUGAGGGACAGGGCAAACGCAUUGAGGAGCUGCAGACGCUUCUAGGAAAUCUCAAGCUCGAGAAUGCCAGUCUUCAUGACCAGAUGGCUGCAGGCGAGGCUGAACUUCAGGAACUCAGAGCACUGAAAAAUGGGGAAGAUGGGAAAAGAUGUAAGCAACUGGAGAUAGAGCAGGCUGUUCUAAAGCAGAAAAUCCAUCAACUCGACGACAUGCUGAAGAGCCAGCAGAGGAAAGUGCGACACAUGAUUGAGCAGCUUCAGAACUCACGGACCAUGAUGGAGGAGAGGGAGCGUCUGAUUGGUGAUCUUGAGGAGAGAGUGGCUUUUCUGGAGGCAGAGAACCGAGAGAUGCGGGACCAGAUCGAGUUUUGUCCGGACGAACAGACACUGAACUCUUUCCAGUCUGAGAAGGAAGCUCAGAUUGUUUACAGCAAGCCUUUGAUACCAACGAGUCCCGGAAACAAGCCUCUGCCUUUCAUCAAAGUGAUUGAGAUCAAGUCCUGAGCAGAUACAAAGAGGAUCCAAUGUAAUCCAUUUUUUUUCAUGUAAAAUCAGCUACAGAUAUGGAAAGCAAUCUUAUUUAAAAAAAAUUAACAUCUAAUCUUUUAAGUAAAAUUAAUACUAAUAAUUAAAAAUGGCUUAUUUGUUUGAAUUAUAGCAUAGUUUGUUGCACACAUGAUCACUGAUCAGAUAUAAAAUAAGGGCCACUGGUGAAAAUGAGGUAUUUUGAUUUUCAUUACUGCAUGGUCAUCAACAUUAAAAGCAACCACAGCAGGCCCGGGUGUUGUAUAGAUACUAUGUAAAUAGUGUGUGUGCGUGUGUGUAUACAGUAUGUCUGUAAUAAUGCUGGCUAAUCAAGUGCUAGACACAACUAUUCUGCCAGUUCCCAAAUAAAAUGUGAAACAUAAACACCUCCUGCUGUUAAUAGAAGCUGUAUAGUUCAAAUUUUGAUAAAUAUUAUGAUGUAGUUCUCUAUUUAUAUCAUGACAUUUGUGGGUCUAAAUAAAGUCACAUGAAAGUUAUAUACAGUA